GAUGCUUCGGCCCGACAUUCAGUCUCUCCCCGUGGCACCGAGUGGAAGGCACGAUGGCGCAGGUUACCAAUCUCAAGUUCUUCAACGGGCGAGAAAUGCCCAUGGUGGGCCUGGGAACCUGGCAGGCAAGAGAUGAGGAAGUGCGUCAGGCCGUCCAGCUGGCCCUCGAAUGUGGCUACAGGCAUUUUGACACUGCCACGCUGUAUCAGAAUGAGGAGGCCAUUGGUGACGUGCUCAGCAAGUGGAUCUCAGAAGGAAAGGUCGCCAGGGAGGAGCUAUUCAUCACAACAAAGCUUCCAACAAUUGGCAACAGAGCUGAAGACGUGCCUAAAUUCCUGACAACUUCAUUGAAGAAAUUGCAACUGACCUACGUUGACCUUUAUCUUAUACACUUUCCAGUUGGAUGUAAAGGAAAGGAUGAAAAUGACCUGCAACCCAGAGACUCUGAAGGGAAAGUUGUCCUUGAUAUGAGCACUGAUCACAAGAGUCUGAUGGAAGCCAUGGAGGAACAGGUGGAUGCUGGAAGAGCUAAAUCAAUUGGAAUUUCAAACUUCACUGAACAAAUUCGAGAGAUUAUGAAAUUUUGCCGCAUCCAGCCAGCUAACCACCAGGUGGAAAUUCACGCAUUUCAUCAACAGCGGGAGUUGCGAGCUGUUUGCCAUAAGCAUAAUAUUACUAUGUGUGCUUACGGGCCCCUUGGUGCUCCUUAUAAGGAAAAAACCAAAGAAAAAACAGUCCUGCAGGAUCCUGUGGUAACCUCGAUAGCUGCUCGUCUAGGCAAGACACCAGCACAGAUCCUCCUGCGGCACUUGAUCCAGUUGAACAUUGUUGUCAUACCCAAGUCCUCGAACCCAGAACGUCUGAAGCAGAACUUCCAGGUAUUUGACUUCAAACUGAGCGAUAAAGACAUGAGAGAUCUAGAUAACUUAGACCAAGGGAAAGAUGGAAAACUCUUCAUCUUUACUGAAUCCAUGAUCGGUGUUGAAAACCAUCCUGAAUUCCCAUUCAAAAUUCCAUUUUAGAAUUUGAAGCUCCGACUGGCCACUUCAGAUUCAUCUACAAAACUGAAGAAAAAAUAGUAUUCAAAACAAUGAUGUUAAUGUCUUUUGGCAUAUACUUAAUAAUUGAAAUUUGUUGUUAAGGAAAGUAAACCUUUUUCUACUUGCAAAAUGGUGUUGUGGUUCAUUUUCUUUUGAAAUUAGACCUGUGAUACUUCUUAUAGUUUUAUCCUGCACUGAUUGGACAAAAACUGAUGCUGUCAUCAUUUAUGAAUGCAUGAUUGUUUUUGUACAUUGUGUUAUGCGUUUGCCAGUUCUGAUGGUUUGUCAAGCUAAAGAAUACAGAUUAUGAAUAAUCUAUAAAUUAUACAAAAAAAAUUAUAAGGAAAUGAAAUAAUAAAAAAGAUUAGAUAGAUUCAUCCAAGUUACUUUCAUUUCUUUUUUCUUUUAAAGUGGCUUGUUAGUAUCAUAUUAAAGAAAUGAGGCUUUGUUUUCCAGAUAUUGUACAGAGAUGAUCAAAUUUAUUGGAACAGCCAAGUAUUAUGUGCCGGGUCAAGGAUUUAAAAUAUUUGAAAUUUCUUAGUUGAAUAUCAUUAGUCCCUUGUGUUUUUUGUUAUAGAUUUAAUAUUAAGGAAAACCAGUUCCACUUUAUAGAUUAGUAAAUGUUUAAUUUUUUUUUUAAGUAAACCAGACUUCAGUGGUUGAUUUUGCAGUUAUUGCAAUAUUUUUCAAAUGAUUCAAUUUUUAUUGCUUUACAAAAAUGUAUAAUGUCUUUUUGUUUCAUAGCACUGCAUUGUUUUAAAUGAUUAGUGCUAUUGGUUAAAACAUUUCUCUAAAGAGCAACUUUUUUAUAACAAAAAUGAGUCAGCGGCUAAUGAUUUACAAAUAAGAGACAGGUUUUCAUCUUGCUAUUAUUUGCAAUGGCAAAAUUGUACUGUCAUUAAAGAUGAGAUUUUUGA